CAAACCCAAUAAUAAACAAACACAGACCGGAAGUUAAUUUAGGGCCAAGCGCAUAACCUUGGCAGCGCGCGUGCGUCCGAUGAAAGGGUCUAUAGACGUACACGGCGUAAUGGCAACCGCGAGCAAAUGUCAAAGCCAUGAGAAAUUAUGAAUGCGAAAUCAUGGAUCAAUUCUGCGCAGGUUUAAACAUUUCCUGUCGCCAGUAUCAGCGACAAACUUCGAACCCAGACAGACGGUCCUUAUUGUAUCCAGUGUGUGGAGGCCUCCCGCAGCGUGUCUCACCAGCCCGACCAAAUCGAGCCCCUAGGAGCCUCUGCUCUCUGAUUCAGCUAAGGGUGAGUUUCAGCUGUUCCAGCAUGCGGGCCGGUAAGAAGGCGGAGACGGGGGCCGCGGUGGCGGAGCCCGAAAACAGCGAGGGCCGGAAGGUGACCGGCAAGCGCAGAGGAGAGCCCGUGGAAGGGGACGGCGGAAAGCGUGCGAAAGCCAUGCCUCAGAAGGAGGGCUGGUUGGCGGAGAAGAUCGCAGAGGAACGGAGGUCGGCCCGCUGCGUCAAGUUCAACGAGAGGCGCGUUCGCUUUUUGUCCCAGGCCCAGAAGAUCAAAGAGGGGGUGGAGGGGGUGCUGUACUGGAUGUACCGGGACCAAAGGGUGCAAGAUAACUGGGCCCUGAUCUACGCCCAGAACCUCGCCCUGGAGGCACAGCUGCCCCUGCACGUGUGUUUCUUCCUGGAGCUAGAGGGCCCAGGCGCCACUCUCCGCGAGUACAGCUUCCUGCUGAAGGGACUCGAGGAGGUCGCCGAGGAGUGCGGUGCCCUCGGGGUGCAGUUCCACCUGCUGCGCGGCUCGGCUGGGGUGAUGCUGCCCGGCUUCGUCAAGGAAUGGGGCCUGGGGGCCGUGGUGACCGACUUCUCCCCCCUCAGGACCCCUCUGCAGUGGGCGGAGGACGUGAAGGAGGGACUCCCGCCUGAUGUCCCCUUUGUACAGGUGGAUGCCCACAAUGUUGUGCCCUGCUGGGUUGCCUCAGACAAACAAGAAUACGCUGCCAGGACCAUCCGGGGCAAGAUCACAAAGCUGCUGCCCGAGUUCCUCACACAGUUCCCUCUGGUGGACAAGCACCCACAUUGCGCCGCAAGGCUUGCAAAGCCGGUGGACUGGGCGCAGACCCUGUCCAGCCUGGAGCUGGACCACAGCGUUGGGGAGGUGGAGUGGGCGCGGCCAGGGACGGCCGCCGGGACGGCCAUGCUGGAGUCCUUCAUCGACGAGCGCCUGCGCCACUACGCCCCCCUGCGCAACAACCCCAACUCCGAGGCCCUCAGCCAGCUCUCCCCCUGGGUCCACUUCGGCCACCUCUCAGCCCAGCGGGUGGUCCUGCAGGUGCAGCGUAGCGGGGCAAGCAGGGCGCAGUCGGUGCCGGCCUUCGUGGAGGAGAUGGUGGUGCGCAGGGAGCUCGCCGACAACUUCUGCUACUACAACAAGAAGUACGACCAGGUGGAGGGUGCGUAUGAUUGGGCACGGAAGACACUGCAGGAUCACGCCGGAGACCCCCGCCCAUAUGUCUACACCCGCGAGGAGCUGGAGAAAGCCCAGACUUAUGACAAUCUCUGGAACGCUGCCCAGUACCAGAUGGUUACAGAGGGCAAGAUGCAUGGGUUCAUGCGGAUGUACUGGGCCAAGAAAAUACUGGAGUGGACCUCCUCACCAGAGGAGGCGCUGUCCAUUGCCAUCUACCUGAAUGAUCGCUAUGAGCUGGAUGGGCGGGACCCCAAUGGAUACGUAGGAUGCAUGUGGUCCAUUUGUGGAAUCCAUGACCAGGGCUGGAAGGAGAGGCCUAUAUUUGGGAAGGUGCGCUACAUGAACUACGCCGGCUGCACUCGCAAGUUUGACGUGGCACAGUUUGAGAAGCAGUACUGUCCUAAAAGGCUGUGACCGUGUCGGUGGAGAAUCGCUGCCGUCUGUCCACAUUCAGAUAAUCUCGGAGCUACCUGCGUCACUGCGGUGCUGCGCCGUGAUGCUCGUUUGAUUGGUCCACUGCUGUGUCUUUUCCAUUUCCUGUUUUGUUUCAGUUUUAAAAAGUUCAAACUGCCAAUAAUACGUAUAGCUACAGUGGUAUGUACUAAUGAAAUGAGGUCACUUCCAGCUCGAGAAAACGUGAACUGACUCAAAGGAGUAUAGCUGAGCUAAUUUUUUCUAGGCUGUGACAGACCUUUGGGGCAGACUGAUGCUCAAAAUAAAGACUGAGCAACCCCCCACCUACACCCAAAAAAAUUGCAGUGUAAACUAGUGUCAACUCUUAAUGUUAAUUAGUGGCCUCAUUGCGACACUGCCGCUCUGUGCAAUAAUAAUAGGUCUUUAUAAUGUAAGUCUAGAUGAUAAUUCAAUUCUCAAUACCAGCUGUUUCUGUAAUGCACUACAGAUCCCAUGGCAUAAAAACAUCUGCAGUGCGCUCGGUUUUAUCAUGGUAGACCUCUUUCAUUGAAAAGAUUUUUGAAGCAAUUUCACAUUGAGAACUAAAUUUAACAAACUAAAUGCAAAACCAUGCUGAGGAUACUUCUGAGAAAAUCUGGAUGGGGCAGUGAAGCUAGAUGAGCGAAAUGUUUCCGGUGCUUCAUGCCAUAGCCAGCCGUUAUUCUCCUUCCGCGCUUUUGUUUUUUCCAUUUUUGUCAAGCCUAGAGCAUUGGCUUAGAGCAUCUGCUUUGCGUGGUGAGACCUGAGAGGAACCACAAGAAACCAAAGUCUCUCACCGCAGGAGAAAGUUUUUUCGUGUCAAGCUACCGAUUAGUUGAACGUUUACCACUCGUUUGUGUGUUAUUUUCCCCUUUGUAGAAAAAAGUUAGAACUAGAAGUGGAAAUCUGUCAUGGAAAUGCCUGCUAUCUGAUGACUCAGCCUUUCUUGAACUCCCCCUCCCUGGUAAAUAAGCAAACGUCAUGCAUUGAAGAAGGAUACAAUAUUUAUUUGUACUCGUUUUUAUGAAUAAAUAUAAUAAAACAA